AUGACUCUUUAACUUCUGCUUUCUGAGUCUCUUGUCAGAGCUCAGUACCUGUCACUUAAUUGUCCCACACAAAGGGACAUUUUAGGACAUGGAGGGAAGAAAACCUACAAGCUUACUUGCUCUUCAAAUUGUUUGCCUCCUUUGUGCCACUACCCUUUGUUUGCCCACAGCAAAAGUAUUAGACUAUGACGUGGAUGGCGGACGGGACCUUGACAUUUUUGACAUCAAUGAAGAGGCAGGACUGGAUCUUGUAGAGGGGGACAUUGUGCUCGAUGAGAGGCAGUCUCGGAAUUCUAUAAUAGGGGAUGAGUAUAGGUGGCCAAAGACGAUCCCAUACUACAUGGAAGAUGACUUAGAGAUCAAUGCAAAAGGUGUGAUUCUGAAGGCCUUUGAACAAUAUCGCCUCAAGACCUGUAUUGAAUUCAAGCCUUGGAGCGGAGAAGCAAACUACAUUUCCAUUUUUAAAGGUGGUGGUUGUUUCUCCUCUGUGGGAAACCGACGAGUUGGGAAGCAGAGACUGUCCAUAGGGAGAAACUGUGACCGCAUCGCCACCAUCGAACACGAGUUCCUUCACGCCCUGGGUUUCUGGCACGAGCAGUCCAGGGCAGACCGUGAUGAUUACGUCAGAAUCAUGUGGGACCGCAUCUCGGAGGGUAAAGAGCACAACUUUAACACCUACAAUGACACCACCUCCAGCUCGCUGGGCGUCCCCUACGACUACGGUUCCAUGAUGCACUACAGCAAAAAUGCCUUUCGCAACGGCACCGAGCCCACCAUUGUCACCAAGAUAACCGCUUUCAGUGAUGUCAUCGGCCAGCGCAUGGAGUUCAGUGACAGCGACCUGCUCAAGCUGCACCGCCUCUACAACUGCACCCAGGGCUCCACAUUCCUGGACUCGUGUGACUUUGAAAGGGAGAACAUCUGCGGUAUGAUCCAGGGACAAGGGGACAAGGCGGACUGGGACAGGGUUUCCAAAGCUGCUGGAGGGCCUGACACAGACUACUCCAACAUGGGCAAAUGCGCUGGCUCAGGAUACUUCAUGCACUUCAGCACUGGCACAGCCAACAAUGGGGAUACAGCUCUGCUUGAAAGCAGGCUCCUUUACCCCAAAAGAGGCUACCAAUGUCUGCAGUUCUUCUACUACAACAGCGCCGGCCCCGGUGACACACUGAAGAUCUUUGUCCGAGAGUACAACAAAGCUAACCCCAACGGAGCACUGCGCUUUAUAAAGACCAUAGAUGCGUCUCCUCAGGAGCUGUGGCAGCUGCACCACGUGAGUCUGGACGUCACAACAAAAUUCCGCGUCGUCUUUCAAGGGACAAAGGUGGGCCCUGGGCCUUCGACGGGGGGACUGUCACUGGAUGACAUCAACCUCUCUGAGACCACCUGCCCGGAGUUUAUAUGGCGUGUGAAGAACUUCAGUAAUGUUAUGGAAAACACCCCGACAAACACAGCUAUCUACAGCCCCCCAUUCACUUCUAAGGAGGGUUACACUUUCCAAAUGGGGCUGUACCCCAGUGGAAAGGAAGGCUACCCUGGGGAGCUGUCAGCCUAUGCUCAUCUGGUGGCCCGUGAGGGAGACACGGGGCAGAAAUGGCCCUGCCCCUGGAAACAGAUGACCAUGAUGCUGAUGGACCAGCACCCACACAUCCAAAAGCGCAUGUCGAACCAGCGCAGCGUAACCACUGACCCCAACAUGAAGGCAACAGGCUCUGACGUAUUCUUCUGGGAUGACCCUCGCAAGGUGGGCGUUGAAGUCACAGACACAGAUGGGUCCAGGUAUUUCAGGGGGCCGGGCGCCGGAACUCCGGUUUAUCUCACCCACCUCAGAGCCAAGAGCAGGGAUUUUAUCAAGGGAGGAGACGCCAUCUUUCUACUAACAAUGGAGGAUGUGUCUCAUCUGACCGUGACCCAGCCUCUGCCCUCCACAACCGUACCACCUGUCACCUCCUCCUCACCCUCUAAUGUCACCACUGCACCCUCUGACCUCUGCCUCAACGUGCAGUGUCUGAAUGAUGGGGUCUGUGUGAUGGAUGAAGGGAAAGCCGUUUGCAGGUGUGCGGUAGGUGAUGACUGGUGGUACUACGGGGAGAGCUGUCAGUACAAGGGCAACGCCAUGGAUAAAACCACCCUCGCGCUCGCCUCCUCGCUGUCUGUACUGGGAGUCAUGCUGGUGGUUACAGUGGUCAGUGUCAUCUGUGUGAAGAAAAAGUAUAAGAAACACAGCGGUGACAACAGUGUCGUCAUGGCAAACAUGCAUAUCACAGAGAAACUGUAGUGGGAACUUUCCAAGAACAACUUUGUAAACAGAAGAAAACAGCAAAAAAAAUAAGACUUAAAGUACAAUCAAUCAAUAUAUUUCAUCUGAAUGUUCAUGCUUAGUAUCUUUUAGAGCAGGCAUUGGAUUUAUAGAUUUACCUCCAGCACUCAAAGGUAAGCAAUUCCAUAUUAUAGAUCAUAGAUAUCAGAUUGCCCCCUUCUGGUCAUUCAAUAUAAAAACUCUACAGCAAUGUGACGAUAUUAUUGUUAUAUUAAAUUAUUUUUGAAAACAAAGUUUUAUAAGAAUUUGAACUGCACAAAAAUAAAGCUAAUUAUUAAAAACAA